AUGGCGUUGGACGACGUCGCGCGCCUACUGGGAGCGGAGCGGGCGGGCGAUCAGACGGUGUGGCGCGACGCCGAUGCGGCGCUCGCCGCUGCUUGCGCCGCUGGAGUCAGGGGAGUGGUUGCACAGCCUAUGGAUCCGGGCGUGGUUCUGAGACGGCUCAAAGCCCCGUCCCCCCUGCCCGCUUCCCCCCUGCCUGCUUCCCCCCUGCCCGCGUCCCCCCUGCCCGCUUCCCCGUACCUGUCCCCUCCCCUCUCCCCUCCCCUCUUUCCCCCCUUUUUCCCCCAGAUGAUGGACCCCAAGAUGGACGCCGGCAUGGGGGGAGGCAAGGGGGAAAGCGAGGGGGGAAGUGGGGGGAAAGGGGGGGGUGAAGGCGGGGCGAGAGGGGAGGUGGAGAGUGUGGGGGAGGCGGUGGAGAGAGGGCUGCUGCCUCUGCCUCUGCCAGCUGACCGCAUUGUGGACCUCUGUGUGCUGGUGUGUGGUGAGGUGCGCUGCUGUGCUGGUACCCCUCUCCCCCUUCGCGUCCUCUGCCAGCUGACCGCAUUGGGGACCGAUGUGGCGCGCUGCUGUGUGCUGAGGUGCUCUGCUUGCAACUGUACUGCUGCCCUGCAAACUGCUGUGCUGCUGGCGCCCCCUCGCCCCCUCUCCUUCCCCGCUUCCUUCUUCCAAUCCCCGCCACACCCAUCAUGUGGCCUUUCAGUUCCUCUCGGCCUCACUCCAUGCGCCCCCGGCUCGCCCCCACUCCCCUCUGCCUCAUCCGUCCCCCUCUACCUGCUGCUGUCACUCCACUCCAUGCGCCACAUGGCACAGCAGCCACAGCUUGCCGCAAACUGUCUUUACCUGUGCCUACCUGCUGCUGCCCCCGCUCGGCCCCCUCUCUGCCGGCACGCCCUCCCCCUCCCCAUCCCUCUCCUCCUCACCGCUGCUGCUGGCGCUGCUGUCAGCCACUCUCGCCUGUGUCAACAGCGUGCGAUCUGCCGCCUGCUGGACGCACCAACGGGAGGUGAGUUGCUCACUGCCCUUGCAGUAUGCCUCUGUGUGUGCUGCUGGCGAUGCUGUCUGCUGUCGUCGCCUGUGUCAACAGCGUGCGCUCUGCCGCCUGCUGGACGCACCAACGCGAGCCCCCUUUUACCCUCGCCCUCCUCUUCUUGCCCUCCCAGUAAGGGGCCUGCCUCUGGAGGGACAACUGAGGAGGACUUCGUGACGUCAGCAGGGGGUCUGCCUCUGGAGGGGCGAGUGGGGGAGGCGGCAGUGGCGCCGCUGAGAGCGCUGCUGGCAGGGUUGCAGGGGGAAGGGGAAGGGGACGCUCGGAAGGGAAAAGUGGCGCCGCUGAGAGCGCUGCUGGCGGGGUUGGAGGGGCAAGCAGGUGGGGGAGGAGGGGGGCAAGGGAACGGACGGUAUAUGUGGGGAGUGGACGGGAAUGGUAGGGAGAAUGGGCGAGGGGGCGAGGCGGCAGUGGCGCCACUGAGAGCGCUGCUGGCGGGGCUGGGGGGGCAAGGAGCAGGUGGGAUGGGGGUGGGGAGGGGACUGGGGCAAGGAGGCAAAGUCAGGGCGCAAGCAGCAGCAGAGCGACCCUGUGCUGUCUGGGCUGCCCCCUGCUCUCCUCACCGCCCUCGGAAGGCAUCAGCAUCAGGGCGCAAGGAGCAGCAGCAGAGCGACCCUGUGCUGUCUGGGCUGCCCCCUGCUCUCCUCACCGCCCUCGUGGCCCGCAUGCAAUUCCGACUGGCUCUCUAUGACGCCCUCUCAGCCUUACAAACGGCCCGCCUGCCCGCCCACCUGCCUGCCUGCGCUCUUAAAAUACAGCUCGCCCAGACCGCGCUGCACAAACUCAAGACCUCCCCUCCCCCGCCUGCCCCCCCUGCUGGGGGCGAGGGGGAAGAGGCAGGAGAGGGGAAAGACGAGGGAGAGAAAGGAGAGGGGGAGCAGGCGGAGGGGGCGAGUGGGACGAAGCAGACGGCGUCGGGGAGUGCAGCACCGGGCAUGUGUCCAGCCAUCAACACCCACCUGCUGCCGCCCACGCCGCCCCGUCCCACGCACCUGCUGACGUGGCACGAGGCGUUGGACCAUUUCGCUCGUCUGCUAACCCACUUCGCCUUCAUCUGCCAUCUGCCAUCCACCUCACCCCCCGAUCUGCUGGAGCUCUCGCGCUUCCUCGCCCACUUCCGCGCCCUCAACCCCGGCCCCGUCGCCCGCGCAGCACUGCAGGUUUGCAGGUGUGCAGGUGUGCUGGUGUGCAGGUUUGCAGGUGUGCUGGUGUGCUGGUGUGCAGGUGUGCUGGUGUGCAGGUGUGCUGGUGUGCUGGUGUGCUGGUGUGCUGGUGUGCUAGGUGUGCUGGUGUGCAGGUGUGCAGGUGUGCUGGUGUGCAGGUGUGCUGGUGUGCAGGUGUGCAGGUGUGCAGGUGUGCUGGUGUGCAGGUGUGCUGGUGUGCAGGUGUGCAGGUGUGCAGGUGUGCUGGUGUGCAGGUGUGCUGGUGUGCAGGUGUGCAGGUGUGCAGGUGUGCUGGUGUGCAGGUGUGCAGGUGUGCUGGUGUGCAGGUGUGCUGGUGUGCAGGUGUGCAGGUGUGCUGGUGUGCUGGUGUGCAGGUGUGCAGGUGUGCUGGUGUGCAGGUGUGCUGGUGUGCAGGUGUGCAGGUGUGCUGGUGUGCUGGUGUGCAGGUGUGCAGGUGUGCUGGUGUGCAGGUGUGCAGGUGUGCAGGUGUGCUGGUGUGCAGGUGUGCUGGUGUGCAGGUGUGCUGGUGUGCAGGUGUGCAGGUGUGCAGGUGUGCUGGUGUGUGCAGGUGUGCAGGUGUGCAGGUGUGCAGGUGUGCUGGUGUGCAGGUGUGCUGGUGUGCUGGUGUGCAGGUGUGCUGGUGUGCAGGUGUGCAGGUGUGCAGGUGUGGCAGGUGUGCUGGUGUGCAGUGGGUGUGUAUACAAGUGGGUGUGUGAUGGCCGCACAUGUACUCUGUAUGGAGCUGUGUGUCCCGAUCUGCUGGAGCUCUUGCGCUUCCUCGCCCACUUCCUCGCCCACUUCCUCGCCCACUUCCGCGCCCUCAAGCCUGUCCCCGUUGCCCGCGCUGCCCUGCAGCUGCUGUUGCUACGAGACGGUCUCAUUCUCGGGCACGACCCCACAGCCGUCCUCACGCACUCGCUGCACCUUAUGGAUUUCCUCCCGUCCCCUCCCCCUCCCUCCCCCUCCCCACCAUUCCCCCCUCUCACCCCUCCACUCCCCUCUCCCCCCACCAGCUGCUGUUGCUGCGAGACGGGCUCAUUCUCGGCCACGACCCUACAGACGUAG